UUCUUAUUUGUUUAUUUUACUUCCGAUUCCGUUUUAUGAAUUUAAAUUGCCGGUACACACAGCCUAGUUCUGCGGUUAUCAUAUCGCACUAGUUUCGAUUGGUGGAAAAGGGAAAAGUCUAAAGAUGCUGGAACUAUCAGAAAAAGUGGAACGUGGACUGAGAACUGCUGUGGUGUAUUUGGCAAUUCUUGCACUAGGUAUGUGUGCUGCUAUUCCAGGUCCUACACUUCUUGAACUCGAAAAAAUUGUUCAAGUAGAAGCUUCUAGUUUAUCUCAGAUUUAUCUUGGGAGAUCCAUUGGUUAUCUUGUUGGUUCAUUUUUAGGUGGUGUGUUUCUUGACUAUUGCAAAGCAACUCAGAUGCUUCUUCUGUCAUAUACUUUUGUAAUGGCAGUUACCACUACACUUAUACCUUGGUGUAGGACUUUAUGGUUACUCAUUGGAGUAAUGUCUAUCAGUGGAGUAGCUAUGGGAUCUCUGGAUACAGGGCUGAAUGUAUGGUGUUUAUAUUUUUGGAAUGAUGAAAGUAGCCCAUUUUUCCAAGCACUUCAUUUCUUUUUUGGAAUAGGAGCAUCUCUUGCUCCUUUGAUUGCUGGCCCAUUCCUAUCCCUUGAAAAUACAAAUGUCACUACAAAUUUGUUGACUGCAAAUGUAACUCAAUUUAUAACGGACAACAGCACUACGACAGUUCCACCAAUCACUUAUGCUUAUGGUAUAAUUGGUAUUUUUUCUCUUGUUAUUGCAGCUAUGUUUGCUUUCUUGUUUUUGAUUAAAGUCACUGAAACUGAGCACAAAGAAACUGUAGUAUACCAAAAUCCACCUCUUUGUCAUGGAAUUACAAUUAUCCUUACUUCAUUUUUAUUAUUGAGUGUCUAUGCUGGAAUUGAGAUAGGAUAUGGACAGAUGAUUGCUGUUUAUGCUGUAAAAAGUACUCAUAAAUUUUCACAGUUUUAUGCAUCGCUUAUUGCUUCUGUAUAUUGGGGAACUUUUACUUUGUCUCGCGGACUGUCAAUAUUUUUGGCCAUAAAGUUCAGUCCCAUAACGAUUGUUAUGAGCGAUUUUAGUGUGAUGCUCUUGGCUGCAGUAGUUUUAACAACCAUCGGAAAUAUGUAUAGCAAUUUCUUAUGGAUUGGUACAGCUCUGUUAGGCCUAGGCCUUGCAUCUUUUUACGCUUCAACAAUCACAUGGGUUGAAAGACAUAUCAAUGUCACAAAUAAAAUCGGAUCCUCAUUUGUAGUAGCUGCAUCCUUAGGGGAAAUGAUAGCACCUUUAGUUAUUAGUCAGUAUGUUAAAGAAAAGCCAGAAGUCCUUAUGUAUAUAGUUUCAGGCUGUGUUAUUAUGUGUGGAUUUUUUAUACUUAUUUUAUGGGUAGUCACAUCUCGUAUAGGAGCUAAAAAACCUGUGAACGAGACAAAAGAAUUAGAUUUUGAUUCAAAUGAGAGUUCAAAAUUCCCUGUAAACAGAUACAGUGAAAGAAAAGAUGAUGGCGAUUGUAUUGCUGAGAUAGAAACAAAAUUUGAAUGAAAGUUUUUUUGUUUUUUUUUAAAGGGAUGGUGAUGCCAAAGAAAUGAAAUUUUUCAAUUUGUAUUUUAGAAAAUUUGUUGAAUUUAGUUUCAUUGACAAAGGCAUAUGUGAUAUAUGAAGGUUUAAAAUUAAUUGAAAGAUGUGAUAUUGAGACAAAACAAUCUAUUUUAAUCCAUUUGUACAUUAUAGCCAGUGACAAUUUUAACAUGUUGACUGUCAUAGGGGGUCACUUGUGACUGAUGAGGGCAUAUGAAUUACAUUCUGAGAAAUUCAGUAUGGUAAUCAUUGUGUUAAGAGGUUAUGCAGAAAGUUACAAGCAGGUAAACCGUGCAUCUUAAGGGUAUA